CACAGUGACAGGCCGGCAUCCGGCCUUAACGAACACCGGACGAGACAUGGAGGGGCUGCUUGUAACGGCAGGCGCCAGGCAGCGCACUAGGCAGCACCAGCCUCGAGUGACCAAUACGUCGAUUAGCUGUAGAUGGUCCAGUGACUUGGUGAGGUACCUCCGGUUGUCACUUUCCCCUCGAUCAGCUUUAUGGAUCAUUACUACUACCUCUCACUUUAAGUCUUCUUCGUGCUCGUCUUUUCCACUCUUGCCACGUACUCGAUUUCCAGCGCCUCAACAACAGCCUCCUCCAUAACGAAGCACAAAGCGACGGAGCUCGCGCUUUUGGUUACCGAUACCUGCUGCCUUCUAUUCAUCACAUGCUGGUCACACUGCCUGUCAAGGUUGAUGAUGGACUGAGGCCUCGUACUGAACAAGCUCGUCUUCUUCUUUCUAGGCAUGGAAACGCAACCCAAAGUUCAAUCAUCUACACCAUCAAGCUCAGAAAAUUGCAAUACGGCAGGCGAGAAGCAGCCGCACGAAACAGCCGAGGAUCCCGGUGACGAUAUACCAUCCUUCACCGAAGACGAUCUAAGCCUCCGCUUUCCUCGACCAUCCGGUUCAAGACAUCUUGCCAGCUGGGUCAUUAACAGCGACCCUGACAUUAUGCGUGUAACAAGCGUACCCGGCCCCGACGAGGGCAGUCUCGCGGACUCGACAUACGAACUCAUCCAUAGCGUGGAUGACAGCAACAGCGAGUGGUCGCACGAUGGAAACAUGGAUGACAACGACAUUAUGGGCGAGUCGACUGGCUCUCUGGACCAACACGGCACGGACGAGGUGCACAGCGCCACUGGGGAAACUGAGCCAGAUGUCCAAGAACUUGAUGAGAGUUCAGGCAUGACUGAAAGACCAGCUGCUCAGACGUCCAGGUCGACGCCGGACACCACUGAUACCGAUUCUGAGCACGACCAGGCCCCCUCCACGCCGUCUCUCGACUAUGCACAUGAGACACUUGACAUGCCGUCCUUUUUCGUGGAAACGCCCGAGCAAUCCGAGCCAGGCCCCGUGAAGAAGCAUGCUGUUCCUGACCAGUCAAGGCACACAAAGAAGCAUGCUGUCCUCGAGCUGCUCAAGGAUUACCAGGUCUUUGUCCCAACCAUGACUGACUUUUAUGAAAACCGGUCGUUGAUGAUUGCACUUUUGCUUAGCGCGCUGGCUAUGUUAGGUACGAUCAUUGCAUCGUACUCUCUCCCGACGCCACAGGAGGGUGGCAACGUGCCCAGCUUUCUGGCCCUGCCUUCGACAUCUACCUCAGCGCAUCUUGUCGGGAGCACUGCUUCUGACAAGCAGAGUCCUUCAUCGACAGGUAGUGAGAGAACUCCUGAUCCUCAGGUACAAGACGAGAGUAGCAGCUAUGAUUGGAUUUUUGGACCUCCUCGACCGAAAAUGAGUUACACCAUCCACGGCAACAAGUUUACAGCUCACGUUGCCGAAGACGUCAAAGCCGGCUGGCAGGACCAAGACUGCGUCACUGUUCAAGCCUAUAGGGAUGGACGUCAGAUCUUCACCACCAAGGGCGAUCAUGAAGAUGGGUUCUUCGCCACGAUCCCUGCAGCCGAGAAAUACGGCGACGUCGAAUUUGUUCUGGAAGCAACAUGCAAGCCAGUCACUCGUCGUGCAGUCCACAUUCGAUUUGCCACCUUUACGGAAAGCUUUGAAGCCUUGAAGGAAAGCGUCAAGAAUCAUCGCCCUCUACCAGAGAUCACCAAGGCUUUGGUUCCCGUGCUUGAGCAUUUCACCAACCCUUAUAUCGUGGGACGUCACAUUAGCGAUGGAGCUCGCGACGCCGCCCAAUCUGCUCGGCAUGGCAUGAUGGAAUUUCCCAGCCUGACUUCCAACAUCAUGAACAAGGCUGUUCAAACCUUCGACCAUGCGCCCGAUAUCCGAAAUGCUGGUAUUCAAGCAACGAAGCGUAUUGCUGGACGCCUCAGUCAUGUACAGACGGGGCUGCAGUUGGGGCUUUUGGACGCCCAGAUUGCCGCGAAACUGUCUUGGCUCGGCAUGAUGGGCAAGCGGAAUGCGCAAGAUGAGUAUCGCCGCAAAGCUGAGAUUUUCAUGACAGACAAGCGCGCCAAAGCCAGGCAGCUUGUCUAAAGGUCCGUGGAAAACCUUGGCCGAGUCACAGCUUAUGAGUGUUAUCAAGCCUAUGUAUUGAGAUGGGUCGUUGAGAGUCUCGGUGGAACGUCGAUUGCAUGCUGGACCAGAGCACAACAUAUAUUGUCGGCCUGCGUUACUGCGAAUAGCAGACCGCAUAGUGACGUUGGCCUAUCCAGUACUGGACACGGUUGGAGUUUCGGGGGCAAUCUAUUUCCUUAUGAUUAUGUGUAGUGCCUUAUUCAACUCACACUUUUCAUCGUAUUAGGUACAACGACCGUGAGCAUCUGUGAUAGCUUGGUUGGCGUUCAUGCCUACGUACGAGGUACUAACAAUCAAUAACGCUGUUCAAACCGUACCACGUAACCGCAGGUAUCUUGAUAGUAAGGGAU